UAUUAUAAACGAAUCAAUCUUACUCUGCCACAACUAUCAAACCUCUUUUAUAGUUUUUGAUAUACAAAUUUCACAAUUUAGAGAGUGACUUGUUCCUGAGAAUAGAAUCAAAUUGAAAUACUAGGGACAGUUUUUGGAAGAAUCAUGUCAUUGCUAAGAAUGUCUAAGGAUGCUACCAAGCUUCUCCUUUCCCGUGGCCAUGUGGUCCCAUCCCAGUGGUUUCGGGAGCAGAGAACACUGCCAGUUUAUGAUUUCAAGUGUCCAUAUCCGCCCAAAUGGGGCUACUCUCCCUUUGGACGAGAUCAGAAGACUUGGGCGGAAUGGACUGUGGCAAGAUUGGAUGACUUGUUGAACUGGGGCCGCAAAGGUUCGAUUUGGCCCAUGACCUUUGGCCUGGCCUGCUGUGCUGUGGAAAUGAUGCACAUCGCCGCUCCUAGAUACGACAUGGAUCGCUAUGGAGUGGUUUUCCGCGCCUCUCCCCGUCAGGCGGAUUGCAUGAUUGUGGCCGGAACACUGACCAAUAAAAUGGCUCCGGCUAUGAGGAAAGUCUACGACCAAAUGCCGGAACCGCGAUGGGUCAUCUCGAUGGGGAGUUGUGCCAACGGAGGGGGCUAUUAUCACUACUCCUACUCGGUGGUGCGUGGCUGUGAUCGGAUUGUUCCGGUGGACAUAUACGUUCCGGGCUGCCCGCCCACCGCCGAGGCUCUCAUGUAUGGAAUAUUGCAGCUGCAAAAGAAAAUUAAGCGAAUGCGAACCAUCCAGAUGUGGUACAGAAAAUAGAUGUAUUACAUUAUUUUAACGAAAGUCAAUAAAGUAUUAGAGAAUAUA